AGACGAGACUCUGCUUGCGGUGGCUUUUUAUUGCUUCAUCUUCUUUGGCGAGUCUGUACUCUAUAGCAGAAAGAUCGACAGAGUCACAACCCACACAAUACCGCAGACGUGUUCAUUUGCCACACAUCAAAAAGCUCUGGAUAUGACAAUGACUAAAACUAAAGUAUUUUCCGAUGUUGGCCUGGAAAAGUAAAAGCUCUCCGACAGACGAGUCUCGCGGCACAUGCUCACCAUGGCCACAUUGCUGUGUCUCUUCUUCUCUGUGCUUGGCCUGGCUGUCAUGGGAGCAGUGAAGAACUGCCAUCCGCAGUGCCGCUGUGAGGUGGAGAGCUUUGGCCUCUUCGACAGUUUCAGCCUGACCAAAGUGGACUGCAGUGGGAUCGGGCCCGGGAACGCUCCUAUCCCCAUCCCUCUGGACACCUCCCAUCUCGACCUGUCCUUAAACUCCAUCACAUCCAUCAGCGAUUCGAUGCUCUCCGGACCAGGUUACACCACAUUGGUCAGUCUGGACCUAAGCAGCAAUGUCAUAGCACAUGUCAGUCCCAAAGCGUUCUCUAAACUCCGUUAUCUGGAGACGUUGGACUUGAGCAACAACGCUCUUGAGGGUCUUGGCGAUGGCUGCUUCACUGGACUCCCUCUCGUUGAGCUGGACCUGAGUGAAAACCAAUUCAAAGAGUUCAGCCUUGAUCUCUUCACCACCAGAGCACAGGAUAUACCAAUCAUGGUGGACCUGUCGCAAAACCUCCUGACCUCCAUUAACAGGAGGACGCCUGGCCAUCCGCUGUACAUCAAGAGUCUUAUGCUUGCAGGGAACAGAUUGAAGACGGUCCCAACGCUUAACGGAAUCCCACUUCAGUAUCUCAACCUGGACGGGAACCUCAUCUCCAGCAUUGACGCAGGGGCCUUUGAUUCGAUGACAGAACUGGUUCACCUGUCUCUCAGCGGCCUGUCUGUCCUGACCUUGAUUCAACCAGGUGCUUUCAGGGGUUUGAGGAACCUGCAGGUCUUGGACUUAUCAAACAACAGCCGGCUCAAGACGUUGAGCCCAGAUGUAUUUAGCGGACUCGUCUCUUUACAAGAGCUUCAUUUGUCCAAUACUGCUGUCACACCAUUAUCAAGGACCGUCUUUACCCAGAUGCCAAGCAUAAAGAGUAUAACUCUAGGGUCAAACGUGCAUUGCUGGAAGACACACAAGCAAGGACAGUUUCACAGACAGAUUGGACAGGCAAAACCCAAUGAUAUACUUACCUGUGACAAUGCAGGAAUGAUCUUAUGAGCCUGAAGUGCCAGGAAAGACUCGGUUUCUCAUCUCUGUGCCUUAUUAGUAUCUCUUAAGAUCUUUUAUAUUUUCUAAUUCAAGAUUGCAUCGUAUUUGCACAUACUAUGCCAACUAAGGUCCGCUAUUUUACAGGUGUUAAUCAUAUUUUAACACAGAGACAGUACAUAACAAUGGCCUUUGCACUUUAUUUAUCACAUUUCUGUUCUUCUACUUAAUGUCACCUGAGAUUUGAAGUGUGAUGUCAGCUCUAAUGUGAUGUUUAUUUUGUUUUUUAACACAAACAGUCUUAAAGUGUCAUAAGUUGUGUAUUCAAACAACAGUGUAGUAGGUUAAUUUAGAAGUCAUGGUGCCUUACAGUGUCAUUCAUUUAACAGUAUUCUGGAACAAAAAAUGUCUAAUGUUUAGAUGCCCCCUAUAUGAUAC